AUGUCUGCCCGCAUAUCCUCUCGAUAUGCCGGGAACCAAGACUACCUAUUCUCCCUUCGCCAACUCUCUCGACACAAUCUGCCGCCUCCAUCAGGGCUUGAACACGAACUAGACAGCAUGUCCCUCGAAUUGACCGCCUGCGACGACGAAAUAACGCGCCUUCAAGCACAACUCACGGAGCUUGAAGCUCUCCAUCGGCAGCUGACGGCACUCCGAGAUACAGCAAAAAGUCUGCAAUCUCCCGUCCGGCGCUUGCCCACCGAACUCCUCGUCAUCAUAUUCGGCCACGUCUGGACCGAAUUUACCAACAAUGGCCCCACGGACCCGAUCUCUCCGCGCUUGUUCGACCUGCUGCUGCUUGCGUUUGCCCCGCUGCUCACCAUCUCGCAAGUCUGUUUCGCUUGGAACACGAUCGUUAUGAACACUCCUGGACUGUGGACCGAGUUACACGUCACCUGCUCCCCGUGGGUCAAAAACCCGGAGGCACAAAUUUCAGCAACACAACUGCUGAAAAAUGGUCUUGCGCGGUCCCAAAGCCUGCCUCUUUGCGUUCAUAUUCAGCGUCAAAAUUGGGGAACAUGGGAGCACUACCGGAAAUGUGGGGCACUCUCCAUGCUGUGCGCUACCAGUAAUCGCUGGAAGACAGCCGUUCUUGAUUGCCCCGUCAACGACAUUUUGGAUAGUGGGGUUCGCGGACAUAUACAGUGUUUGGAAAUUCUCGAGCUUCACGAGGAUCCCGACGCCGAAGACGAAACGUGGGGAGGCAAGACAUUGGCUUCUUUUCAAGAUGCGUCAAGGUUGCGGAGAGUAGUGAUUUCCGAAGAGGUGGCUGUAUCCUUGCAUGAGCUCCCUCUCGAACAAUUGGAGGAGCUCGUUUACGAGUAUGACUUUUAUGAGGACUUGGUUCUUCCGCUUAAAUCUCUCACGAGACUUUCCGGCUCGGUGCAUUUCGACUUCGGCGCGCUCCGGUCCUUCAGACGCCCGUCUCUCCUCCCGAGUCCGGAUCUUCAUCUUUCAUCCAACGUCAAGACCUUCUCCGUCGGUUCAAACAACGAGGCCAAGGAGCACCUCGGGAGUCCAGCACACUAUAGUGCGAUUAUUGCUGAGCUGUUCUCCUCUGUAACGCUGCCGGCACUCACCACGUUGCGUGUGGUGUUCUCUCACUACCCCACCCAUGCAUUUCCCUGGCCCGGGACAGCAUUCCUGGAACUUGCAAAGCGAUCGCAUUUCGACGCCCAUCUUCAAACGCUCAACAUUCGAGAAGUCCUUAUCACCAGCGCAGAGCUGCUAUCCGCACUGUCGGUACUUCAUAACCUUCAGAUAUUGAUCUUUUCCGACUCCCUCAUCAUUACGACCGAAUCUUCGUCUCCAACUGAGACAAUUCUCACCAACGAACUGCUCGUCAGUCUGGGACAAACACAGUCUGUCGAAGGGACUUCCAGCCAUGCAUCACGGCUCACACACACGCUCGUCCCUCACUUGCAUACAUUCAGUUGCUUCAGUCAGCUUUCAUUCGACCACGAAAACUUCUUGCAGUUCGUUAAAUCUCGAAGCAGUCCAGCCGAGGAGAAGCCCUUCGCAGUCCAGCUUUCGUGGCUUCCUCGCGCAGAUGGCUCUCAUCCGCGUUUUGAGCGCAAGGUAGAAUCCGAGUUGUGGCAGCUGCACCACCAGCACCAAAUAAACUUGUCUAUUAAGCAAGAGGUAUGA